AACACGAGUAGGAGAGUAGUCUGCUCUUGGCAACACGUGUGAACGUCGCCAAAAUCCUCCAGUGAGAUGGGCCAGCGGAAGAAAAAGUAUGAAAGUGGAGCAGCCACAACUUACAUUUCAAGAAAUCAGGCAAUCAGGAAACUUCAGUUGUCUUUGGCAGACUUCAGACGACUAUGCAUCUUAAAAGGCAUUUACCCACAGGAGCCUUUGCACAAAAAGAAGGUUGGACGAGGAAGCACAGCACCCAAAACCUACUAUCACCUCAAGGACAUACAGUUCCUUCUGCAUGAGCCUCUUAUUCAGCGCUUCAGAGAGUUCAAACAUUUUUCACGACGAUUGAAGAAGGCAGUUGCCAAGAAAAAUAGAAGUGCGGCUGCGAGAAUUCGAGCCAACAAACCCUCAUAUCGUCUGGACAAUAUUGUUAAGGAGAGGUACCCAUCAUUUAUUGAUGCUCUGAGGGACCUUGAUGACUGCCUGUCUAUGUGCUUCCUCUUUGCAACAUUCCCAGCAACACGACGCACACAUGCUGUUGUCGUCCAGCGCUGCCGAAGGCUAACAGUUGAGUUCCAACACUAUGUCAUUGCUUCUCAGUCUUUAAGGAAAGUUUUCAUCUCCAUCAAAGGGAUCUAUUACCAGGCAGAGAUUAUGGGUCAGACGAUUACUUGGAUUGUGCCACACAAAUUAGGACACAAGCACCCGGAUGAUGUUGAUUACAAGGUGAUGGCAAUGUUUGUUGAGUUUUACAACACUCUGCUGGGCUUUGUUAAUUUCCGCCUCUUUCACAGUCUUAAUCUACAUUAUCCUCCAAAGCUCACCGUUUCGCUUGACAAGGAUGGUGAUGAGGAGGUGUUGUUUGGAGAGGAUGAACAAGAGAGAGUUGCUUCAUUGACACAACCAUUACAAACUGUCGGAGAUGUGCCUGACGAGACAGAACAACCAGAUCUCUUCACUUCAGAAUCCGGGGAAGCUAAUCAAAGUAUUGAACAAGCUCUAAAAGAAGCCAAAAAGUUGAAAAAGUUCCAGAAUCUGUUCUCAAAGUGCAAAUUUUUUUUGUGCCGCGAGGUUCCACGUGAAACUUUAACAUUCAUUAUUCGGUCAUUUGGAGGACAGGUUUCAUGGGAUGCCUCUGUAGGGACAGGAGCAACAUAUCAGGAGCCAGAUGAAUCCAUCACACAUCAGAUUGUAGAUAGACCAACACUCAGCAAACAAUAUUUAUCCAGGUACUAUGUACAGCCACAGUGGGUGUUUGACUGUAUCAAUGCUCAGCAGCUUUUGCCCUUGGAAGAUUACCUCCUGGGAGCCAUAUUGCCUCCUCACUUGUCUCCCUUUGUUCAGGAGGGAGAGGGAGAAUAUGUACCUCCAGAAAAAGUGCAACUGUUGCAACGACUGAGUGAACAGCAGGAGGAAGGUGAACCAAGUGAUGUUGAUGAAGACCUUGAUGAUACAGAAGAAGAGGGCAGUGAGGAGGAAGUUUCAGGCACUACUCCACAGAUCGAAAAGAUGAAACAGACAGCAGGCCAGAAACGCAAGAAGGAAGAAUCCUCCCAGUUGUCAUCCAAGAAACAGAAGGGUUUGGUAGAAGAGGGUCAGGUGGAAGUUGUCAAUGCUGCAAGUCAGCUCAAACACCAGGCAGCGGAAGAACGUCGUUUGGCAGAGAUGAUGAUUCCAAAGAAACAUCGAAGAUUAUAUCACAAAAUUCAGUAUGCCCGCAAGAAAACAUCAUCAGAGACUCAAAAGCUGAAGGAAAAGCGAGCUGCCAUAGACAGAGCCAAGAAAAAGGAGAAAAAGAAGCAUGCUACACAGUGAGCAGUAAUCAGUGGUCGUGUGUUUACUGCAUAGUUCGCUGUCUACAGACGUCAUACCUACUACUGCACAGACAUUGCCACAGACUCCAAUGAUGAAUGCCAGAUCUUUCUUAGUAAACAGAUGUGGAGAUAGGGCUUAAAGAGACACUUCUUCUGGCAACCUUGUAACACAGCAUAAAGCUAUAAACUUUCACAGCGGAAUGCUAACUCCUGAUGUGGUGACUGGACUGGGACAUUUUACUUCAGCAUCCUGCUUAUUGACAUAGUGACUACUGUUUAUUACAUUAAAUUGAGGAUUCAUGUAAGAGUACCUGCUUUGAAUAAAGAUUUACAUCAGCACUGGCUUGAAGGAGAAACAGUAAUUGCUGUAGAAGGUAAGAUUUGCAUGUACAUUGGAUUCUGGGGAAAAUUGUACAGUAGUGCUUGUCAAAAUCACGUUCCUUUCACAGCUUUUGUCAUGUUCACUCAUAUCUUUUUAAGGAAUAUUAAUGUUAAAAAAAUAAAACGACAUCCAGAAAGCA